AUGUAUGACCCUGUACAAGAGUAUCUCUCUUUUGUUGACGAUGGUAAUUUUGUUGUUGACGGCGUCCUUUCAGACAACCCAAUAACUCCAUUUGUAGCUUUUGAUUGCUUAUCUCACUUGGGGAAAAAUGAAUCACAAAAGGUAAAACCUUUGAUCAUCUCAUUUGAAGGAGCAAGCGGAGAGUACCCUGGUUGUACGGACAUGGCAUACGAAAAAUCCGUUUCAGAUGGUGCAUAUAUUAUCGAUUGUCCUGUUCAGAUGGCGGGUGAUGGAAUACCAAUUUGUUUCUUCUUUGUUGGUUCCUGAUUGGAAAACCCGAGUCUAUCAACAACAUCACUCAUCUAAUCUCGUUUUCCUUUAUUUGUUGAAUUGAAUAUCUGAAGACAGGA